CUUUUUGGUUGGCACUUGCGCGGAUUCAACGUUUAAAUAAAAUAAUAGAAAAAGCUGUGGUUUUUAAUUUCUCAUUUCUUAACAUCUGCUUUGGGAAAUAGCCAUUGUUGUUUUAUUGAAUCUAGAAUGGAUUUGUUUUGAAUGGUAAUCCAUUUACUUGUUUAAUAUUUAUACAAGUUAUGUUAUUAAUAUUGUUUCAUUAAAAAAGUGUGCCAUACCUUAACCAAGCCCCUAGUUUUUUGUAUUGAAGAUUCUGAAGAUAUUUCAACAAGGUGAAAACUAAAAAAAAAAAUGAAUUUGAAUGUCAUUUAAACAUCAUAUUGUAUCAUAGUCUCUUGUCACCAAAGAUUUUUUCAAUUAUAAAUACAUAUCUAUUUUUUAAAUAAUCUUGUUACUUUGAGAAUCCUAUCUAUAUUGUGUACUAAUAGAAUUAAAAACUACUAAGAUGAAUAUUGGAAUUCUUGAAAAUAGAGCAAUUUGUAAGUUCAAUCUGAGAGGAAUGUGCAGAUUUGGAAAUAGAUGUUGGAAUCGUCAUGAAAACCCUAAGAAAAUUACAGAAGUCAAGGAAGUCAAAAAAAUAGAGCCAAAACCAAUUGAGGAAGAAGGUGCAUGUGCUCUAUCUUUAACUAAGCCUAAAAAUGGACCAUUAAGAGAAUUGUUUGGCCCCAGUACAUCAAGUGCUGAAGAAGCAAUACAAUUAAUAAAAAUUUCCGAGUCGGAAGAAAAAGUGUGCGGUAUAUGUUUUGAUACUAUUUUGAAGAAAAUUAAUAAGUCUGAACAAACUUUUGGAAUACUACCAAAUUGCAACCAUUGUUUCUGCUUUGCUUGCAUUAGAAAAUGGAGACAGAGUAAGGAAUUUGAAUUAGAUGUUUGUAAAAGCUGUCCCGAAUGUAGAGUUGCCUCAGAUUUUGUAUAUCCUUCGAAGGUUUGGUUGGAAUCUAAGGAAGAAAAAUUAAAUUUUAUUGAUAGCCAGAGGCAAAGAAUGAAGAAACAAGACUGCAAAUAUUUCCGUAAGGGUAGAGGAAAAUGUCCAUUUGGAAACACUUGUUUAUAUCUACACGCCUUGCCUAAUGGAAAAACUCUUGAUGUAGGGCCACCUUCAAAUAGAAGAAGAACUCCAAAAGGCAUACUUGAAUCAGAAGCUGAAAUACUCCAACAAAUAUUGUUCUGGAUAAACGAUGAUGAUAAUGAUGAUGAGUUAAUUUUGUCCGAUGAUGAGGACGAUGAUGAGGAUUUUUUCUUUGAAUAUUACGAUAGUACUAACGAUUUUGAAUUUGAUCUCGCUUUGCAUAAUUACAUAAAUGGCUCAGAUGAUGAUUCAGACUUUGAUUUUUUUAGAUAAAUUUAAAU